UACAGAAUACGGCGAGUUUCUGCAUAAACCUGGACGUCUCUUCGAUAACUUCGACGAGAUCCGCAAUGAAAUUGAGGCCGAUACAGCGCGUAUCACAGGCGCCAACAAAGGCAUUAGUCAUCUGCCCAUUAACUUGAAGGUGUACUCGCCCCACGUGCUGGAUUUGACCUUGGUUGAUUUGCCUGGAUUAACCAAAGUGGCGGUGGGAGACCAGCCGGCGGAUAUUGAAAUGCAGAUUAAGAAUAUGAUCAUGGAGUUCAUUACCAAGCCCAACUGUUUAAUCCUGGCGGUGACUCCGGCGAACAGUGAUCUGGCCAACUCCGAUGCGCUGAAGCUCGCAAAGGAGGUAGAUCCUCAAGGACUCCGAACUAUCGGAGUGAUCACUAAGCUGGAUCUCAUGGAUGCAGGAACGGAUGCCAGAGAUGUUCUCGAAAACAAGCUGCUGCCGUUGAGACGCGGCUAUGUGGGUGUAGUUAAUCGAAGUCAGAAAGAUAUUGCCGGCAACAAAGACAUCCGGGCCGCUCAGGCUGCGGAGAAGAAGUUUUUCAAAACACACCCAGCAUACAGACAUCUGGCGGACAAGAUGGGAACUCCCAAGCUCCAGCAGGUACUGAACCAGCAGUUGACGGACCAUAUCCGUCAAACACUACCGGAACUCAAGGGUCAGCUACAAGGGGAGGUAACCAGGCUGGAGAAAGACUGUAGCGAAUUCAAGAACAUGGGCACUGGCAAAGGCGCGUCUACAAAGGCCAUGAUGUCGUACAUGCACAUGUUCAGCGAUGACUGGUGGAAGUCUAUCGACGGUUCAGGCGAUCUGGUUUCUCUGGAGGAGCUAUCAGGCGGUGCCAAAAUCAACCGCAUUUUCUUUGAGCGUUUCCCGUAUGAGCUCAAUAAGUUCGAAAUUGACGAACGCAAACUGCGCAAAGAGAUUCUGUACGCCAUCAAGAACAUCCACGGUAUCAGAACGGGCCUCUUCACUCCCGACCAGGCCUUUGAGGCGAUCUGCAGAAAACUCAUCGAAAGAAUGCGAGCGCCUUCGUUGCUUUGUGUUGAGUUGAGUAUGCAAGAGUUGAUUGUCAUCACCUCCUCGGCCACACGGCGCAUUGAGAAGUUCCCGCGACUCAGAGAAGAGCUCGAGCGCAUCGCUGUGGAACAGAUCAAAGAAUGCCAUCAGAAGACUAACGAUCAGGUAUGA